UGCUUCCCAUUCCUCCUAUUGCAGACGCAACAUGGCGGACUAGAAGAGGCGGCGACUCCCCUGGAUGCAAGGAAUAAACUGGGAUUCACGUCCCCCUAUGCCUCGAGGAAGACGGAGAGAUACAAAUGUGUUAUAGAGACCUUCGGUAACAUUGAGGAAUGUUUGGGACCGUUCUAGUCACUCGUUAGGAUAAACAGACUUGCGAUCUUUUGCCUCCAAAUUGUCUGUCCCAGAUCGUUCCUAUCACUGACACAGCAGCCCCCCCCCCCCUCUCCCCCUCUGCACACACUCUUGGUUACUGGAGUGUGGAGACGGGCCGGUGUUGAGAACGUGUGAAAAGGAAGAAAGGAAUUUCACUACUGUAGAUGUUCAGGAUUGUAUUAUACCAAACGGGAGUCGUGGACCACACUGUGCGAAUGAGUGAUUGAUGCCAACUUCGCUUCUUAAGGGCAGUAUGGGUGUGUGUGUCCUGCUUCUGUUGCUCAGUGUGGCCCUCAGGGUCUCCAUCUCGGCCCAGGUACCACCUCCCACCCCCACAGGAGGUCCAGUCCCCACUGCCAAAUCCAAGGACCCUCCCGCCACCACCCUCCCCAAUGUUCCCUUGACAACAACCAUCGCCCCCCCUCCUCCCCCUCAAACAACCACAACCCCGAAGGUUGCCGCGAAAACAAUGACAACUACCACAACCAUGGAUGGUGUCAUAUUGACUGCAGGCCCCAGUGGUGCCACCCCUGCGCCCGUCCCCCCUCCACCACCCCCUGGCCCAACUGAAGCCCCCAAAAUCCCCACAGGGGUGAACUCCACACCGCAGCCACCCCCUGCUCCAACCACAAUCAGUCAGGUAGGGGGUGGGGAGAAUGGGACCUCUGUUCCAGAGACUCAGUCACCAGACACCGCCACCAACACAGACACAAAACCAACGGUGGAAGCCACAUCGGCCACUAGCGGUGCUACUGUUCCAGGUGGUGGAGAAGAAGACACCGAUGACACACCCAUCAUUGCGGUGAUGGUGGCUCUGUCGUCCCUGCUCGUCAUUGUGUUCAUCAUCAUCAUCCUCUACAUGCUCAGGUUUAAGAAGUACAAGCAGGCCGGCAGCCAUUCCAACUCCUUCAGGCUGACCAACGGUAGAUCAGACGAUACAGAGCUCCAGAGUGUGCCACUAUUGGCCCGUUCACCCAGCACCAACAGGAAGUACCCUCCCCUUGUUGUCGACAAGCUGGAGGAGGAGAUGAAUCGUCGCAUGGCUGACGACAACAAGCUCUUCCGGGAGGAGUUCAACGCGCUGCCGGUGUGUCCCAUUCAGGCGUCGUGCGACGCGGCCUCUAAAGAGGAGAACAAGGACAAAAACCGAUACGUCAACAUCCUGCCAUAUGAUCACUCCAGGGUGCAUUUGUCAUCACUAGAGGGAGUUCCAGACUCCGACUUCAUUAACGCAUCCUUCAUCAACGGUUACCAAGAGAAGAACAAGUUCAUUGCAGCUCAAGGGCCAAAGGAGGAGACGGUGAACGACUUCUGGAGAAUGAUCUGGGAACAGAACACAGCCACCAUUGUCAUGGUGACCAACCUGAAGGAAAGAAAAGAGAAAUCCAUACAGCGGCAAUCUCUCUGUGUGUCUCAGUGUAAGUGUGCCCAGUACUGGCCAGACCAGGGCUGCUGGACCUACGGCAACAUCCGGGUCUCUGUGGAGGACAUGAUGGUGCUGGUGGACUACACCAUCCGCAAGUUCUGCAUCCAACAGGUGGGGGAUGUGGGGGGUAAGAAGCCUCAACGGCUGGUGACCCAGUUCCACUUCACCAGCUGGCCAGACUUUGGCGUCCCCUUCACACCCAUCGGCAUGCUCAAGUUCCUCAAGAAGGUCAAAACCUGCAACCCCCAGUACGCUGGCCCCAUCGUGGUCCACUGCAGUGCGGGGGUGGGGAGGACAGGUACCUUCAUAGUGAUAGAUGCCAUGUUGGACAUGAUGAACACCGAGAGAAAGGUGGACGUCUUUGGCUUUGUCACACGUAUCAGAGCCCAGCGCUGCCAAAUGGUCCAGACAGACAUGCAGUACGUGUUCAUCUUCCAGGCCAUGCUGGAGCACUAUCUGUAUGGGGACACCGAGCUGGAGGUGACCUCCCUGGAGUCCCACCUGGCCAAGCUCUACGCCCCCUCCGCUGCCGGCUGUGGGGGCAUGGAAGCGGAGUUCAAGAAGCUGACUUCCAUCAAGAUCCAGAACGACAAGAUGAGAACAGGCAACCUGCCAGCUAACAUGAAGAAGAACCGAGUUCUCCAGAUCAUCCCAUAUGAGUUCAACAGAGUGAUCAUCCCAGUCAAGAGAGGGGAGGAGAACACGGACUAUGUCAACGCCUCCUUCAUUGACGGGUACCGUCAGAAGGACUCGUACAUGGCCAGCCAGGGCCCGCUACAGCACACCAUUGAAGACUUCUGGAGGAUGAUCUGGGAGUGGAGGAGCUGCUCCAUAGUCAUGCUCACUGAGCUGGAGGAGAGAGGACAGGAGAAGUGUGCCCAGUACUGGCCCAGUGAUGGGGUGAUGGUGUGUGGGGACAUCUCCAUCGAGCUGAAGAAGGAGGAGGAGAGUGAGAGCUACACUGUUAGAGACCUCCUGGUCACCAACAACAGGGAGAACAAGGCUCGUACGGUGAGACAGUUUCAUUUCCAUGGCUGGCCAGAAGUGGGCAUUCCCAGUGACGGGAAGGGCAUGAUCAACAUCAUUGCUGCUGUCCAGAAGCAGCAGCAACAAUCUGGCAACCACCCAAUCACUGUCCACUGCAGUGCGGGCGCGGGGCGGACGGGGACCUUCUGUGCCCUGAGCACGGUCCUGGAGCGGGUGAAAGCUGAGGCCAUCCUUGACGUCUUCCAGACCGUCAAGAGCCUCCGGCUGCAGAGACCCCACAUGGUGCAGACACUGGAGCAGUACGAGUUCUGCUACAAAGUGGUCCAGGAGUAUAUUGAUGCCUUUUCUGACUAUGCCAACUUCAAAUAGGGACAGACCCACACAGGGGACGGACAUCCAUAUACAGUCAUAAAAACAAAGCAAACACACGCGUACCCGACGGAAGCAAAGGAACUGGUCACGGCUUAGAUGACUGGACAGCCUGUGUGCAAGAAGGAAAAUGGAAGGGAAGUCUUGUGACAGCAAAGUGCAGCGCUGCAGUGUACCGGAGGGAGGGAGUGAAUAUCAGAGAUGCCUUCUUGAAUAUUUUGUAAUAUUGAUCUUGUUAAUACGGCCCCCUUGUCCCAAUCUUGCCCCAUCCAGACAUCCCCCAAUCAUGUACAUAUACUUAGCCUGUCACAUUUUGUUGUUUUGUUUUUAAGACCUUUUUUGCUGCAAUUUUAGGGUGACAUUUAUAAUGUAUUUUAUUGGUUUAUAUAAAUAUAUAUGAAUAUAAAUCGGACACUUUAGAGGCUUAUGUCAAAAGUUGAGAAUUGAGGGAAUGAUGUUGGUGUUUUUUUAUUUCUCUUGUCUUUUGUUUUUUACGGUUCAGUGACUGAGACUUACGUGGUUGAUGGUUUCAUCUGAUUCAGGCUGCAGCUUAAAGCUGAUUGGUCGACCUCAGAGGAAUAGAUUUACACAGCCAAUCAGAAUUCUUCUGUUCACACGAACGCACACACGCUACAGCUGGCCAGGAGCACAUCCAGAAUAGGACACGAUGGCUUUGCUAAUCACAUGGUCCAAACUCUUUUGACUAGUUUUCCAUUGAGUUCACAGUUCACACAGGGGUCAAUGAAUCAUGGCAGGACUAAGGGCGUAGCUAGCCACAUAUCUCCAACAUAUUGUGGCUUUGCUGUGUUUGUGUUUAAGGACCUAGGAAACGCUGUAAUUUAGGUGGUCUUGCACAUGCUGGGUGUCACAGUGGAUUAUAUGUGUGUAGCACGUUUUGGGAAGUUUCCCAUACUGAAAAUCAAAUUUCAAACGUCAAAUAUAUUGAAAUGUAAGGAGCGUGUUGAAGAUUUGGCCAGCAAUGCAUUCAAAAUAGCCUUUGCAUAAUAAUGAUGAGUAUGAGGUCGAUAUGUUGCCACAAUAUAAUGAUUAUUUCAGAAUUACCCUGUAUAAAACUGUCGAUUUUGGGUGUAUUGCCAUAUAUCUCAACAUAUAGUAACCAUGCAAUUACUGUGGAAAUGAACCAAUUCUUAUGUAUGUUUUCAUAUUUAAUUGCUUACAGUUGGAAUGGGGGAAAUCAUUUCCUAUCUAUUAUUUACGUGUCAUUCCAUUUACUUGUUUGUAAUCUAUUGGGUAUAUUUCUUUUCGGUAUAGGUUGGUUGAGAAGAUGGCGUCAAAAUGUGAAGACCCCCUCUCUGUUUUUCAACUGGGGCCUGUUCAGGGUGAUGAAACAUUACAGAAUGUUCACAUAGAAAUGUAUUGUGUAGAACAUAUACAUACAUUGUCAUAUAGAAUAGAAAUUGUCAGCUCUUCAUUAUAUUUCUAUCUGCACCAUUUAGAACGUCUUUCUGUUUUAUUGAAAUAGAAUUCAACGCAGAUGAAAUAGAAUUCAACUCCGAUGUCACAUACUGAGAAUUUGUUAUACUUUAAUGCUGUUGCUUUGAUACUCCCACCCUCAAAUGGAUAAAUUGUUCAUUUUAAUGUUGAAAUGUGUGACGUGAUGGAAUGUUUGCAGUGAUUUUUUUUCUCUCUUCAGAAUGGCUGCCUAUAAGGACAGUUUGGCUAGAAACAUGAGGCCACCCUCGGGCGUGCCUCAGUCUUCAGUUGAGAUUGUAAUGCAAGAUAAAUGAUGUCAGUUAGCUAGCAACAAGGUUGAGGUCAAUUCCAUCUCUGCUUGGUCAACUCAGGAAAUUACUUAAAGUUAUCGGGGGGGGGGGGUGUUCCUGUACGGGUUCUUUCAAUGUAUAUACAGUUAAUUUCAGUUUGUCUACUUAGUUGGUUGAGUGCAAAUGGAAUUGACCCCGCCCCUGGUCCAAUAGCCAAUCACAGCUACUAAUUGCCCUCAAAGGAUUGUAAUAAACAGCGUGUGCAUAAGAUAUUCUCACCCACUUCGCCACAAACCCAACCACCCCACUCACUUGAUAUCUGCAAGGUUUGAGUGUAUGAGGGGUAACUGACAUGAGGUUUUAGCUGUUAAUUGUGAUUGGGGAUUAUUGGUCAAUUAUAAGAGCUGCCAUUUUGAUCCCAGUUUCUUCAUUGUUCUGUGGAGUUGACAGCACAGGAGGCUGCUGAUGGGAGGAGGGCUCAUAAUAAUGUCCGGAAUGGAGAAAAUGGAAUGGCAUCAAACACCUGGAAACCAUGUAUUAAAUACCAUUCCCCCAAUUCCGCUCCAGCCAUUCCCACGAGCCCGUCCUCCCCAAUUUAGUUGCCACCAACCUCCUGUGGUUGAUGGGUAUGCUAGACAGCCAUGAAGAUCUGCCAAGCCUAGUUGAUGCCAAACGCAUUCUCUUAUACACAGAUGGCCCUAUUUGUCCAGUCAUAAAGGUGAACCGUUGUUUUGUCAUUAGGAUAUAAGGAAAGCCCACAGUCUGUAGAAAAAUACCUGCACAACCUAUACUGUUCAGGAGUUAGAAUGGAUUGCUUUAGCUUCUCCCUUUUCUAUAUGUUUAUAGGUCGAAAGGAAGGAGCACAAUUUAACUCCAUCGUGAUUGAAUCAUAUGGGAUCAGGAAAUUAGAAAUAGUAUCUGAAACUCCACCAAAAAAAGCACCAGUAUUGACAAAUUGUUGCUAUCGUUGAUUGUUCCAAUGCUUGUACUAUUUGCGCCAAAAUAAAAAUCCGAACCGGUGAUGCAAAGGCCAGAUGGGUAACAUGACCCUGAGAUAGUAAAUUACUUGGCAACUGGGGUUGAAGAAUACUAGGUGGGAGGAUUCCCUCGCAGCUUAUUCCCUUCUGAUUACAGGAUUUCUGGGGAAAAAAACAGAUUUUAGUCUUUAAAAAAUAUAUUUUGCAACCCUGAUGUCAGCAUUGAAGAGGCCUUUUUAAAGACUGGUUAUGGCCUCUAGUUCUGACUAGUUCUAUUAGGUUAAACCACAGGACAUAGAUAGCUAGGUAGAGAUCUUCAAACCGGAUGUCUCACUUAGACCAGUCACUUAAAAAAAUACUGUCAAUGUCAUUUCAGACCGUGUUCCAUUCCAAAGCAUGUCAAAGGCCCAUGUGUUACAAUUGGUGCCAUUUUAUUUUCCUUCCGGAUGUUUGGUUGUGUUGGAUCUUAGUAAUCGUCAGGGUGGGCGUUGGUGAGGAGAGGCUUUAACUCUUCUUUUGAGCCAGAAGGUUUGCUGAAUGUAAUCACCUGUCCCCAACAACACUGUGCCAACCCCCAACCCUAGUGACUUAAGGCUUUACUCUAGAAAGUGCCUCACAGGUUGAUUUAUAUGGAAAAUAUGUUCACUGCACCUCUCCCUCAGUGAGUUGAUUGAGUGUAGGUGUAUAGACUCUUGGUAAACCAGUAUCAUCCUACAGAUUAGUACAUCUAUUUGGCCCCUUCCCACUACUAUUUUUGAGGCAUUGUAGAUAACUUUAUCGACAAAGCACCUCUGUACAAAGCCCCAAAGCUGUAGCUGACGCUUGGCUUUGUAACACUGAGACCAAGAUCAGGGCCUUUUAUUAUCCUGUUCAAGUUCAUAAUCCACCAGCCUCCUUUCCAUUUCAUGCUGUAACGCCGGGUUCCAUUCCAAUCAAACUCCAUUGCUUUGUUUUGAACCAGCUUUGUCUUGGCUCCAUGUCUUCAUUCCAUUCCACUGAAGUGCUGGACCCUUGACUAUUCCUUCAUUAUGUCCCCUAGUCAGGUCCUCUACCUAACCUUCACCCACUAUAGUGGGUAAAAUACAUUGUCCUGAGUUAUUCCAACCACAAAUCACAAUGACAUUGUUUACUGGUUAUUACAGAGGACAGCCAGGUGCAUCCGGGCCCUUGUUCCACACCCCUGCUGGCUGCAGAUAGAAAUGAAAUGCAACAUCCCAGUAAUGUAAUGUCCCUGUCUGAGCAACAGGGCACACCUUCCUUCAGAGAUGGAGAAAGAGAGCUAGACAGACUGGAGGAGUGGGGCUUCUUAGGGUUCAACCAGUCUCUCUGUCUCUCCCACCUCUAAACCUGUCUCUCCCAGCCUUAAACCAGUCUCUCUUGCCCACCCCUAAAACUCUCUCACCCCUAAACCUGUCUCUCUGGCGACCCCACCUCUUAAACCUGUCUCUCUCUGGCGACCCCACCUCUUAAACCUGUCUCUCUCUGGCGCCCCCACCUCUUUAACCUGUCUCUCUCUGGCGCCCCCACCUCUUUAACCUGUCUCUCUGGCGACCCCACCUCUUUAACCUGUCUCUCUGGCGACCCAACCUCUUUAACCUGUCUCUCUCUGGCGACCCCACCUCUUUAACCUGUCUCUCUCUGGCGACCCCACCUCUUUAACCUGUCGCUCUCUGGCGACCCCA